CUUUGGACCAUCUAUUUACCUGUGCAUUGACUUGUCGAUUGUGUCGACCGUGUUUACCUGCCUGUGUUGACUUGUACUCGGAGUAUAAGACACCUAACUAGAGAAUUAAAUCAGUGUAAGUAAUCGGGCGAGAACUUAUCGUAAGUACUUUCAGUAUCUGACAGCCAUGCGACCACAGUUUGGGCUUGUUUCUAUACUCCUGGCGGUGCUGUUUCACGUCGUACAAUCUCUGGAUGAAGGAAGCUUCUGGCACGUGACUGAUUUCCAUUAUGACUUUUCCUACCAUGACGAAGGUUUCUCUUGCACUAAGACAGUUGCUGUAGAGGACCGUGGGCCGUUCGGGAUUGGCUGGUGUGACCCGCCCUGGACUCUGGUCAACAGCUCUGUGCAUGCAAUGCGGAACCUUCAUCCCGAUGUGGACUUCAUCAUCUGGACAGGAGAUAAUGUUCUUCAUGCCAAACAUGAAGAAGAUCAACUCGGCACAAGCAUUAAUCUGGAUAUAUUGGAUAACAUAACCAACCUCCUCGCUGACGUCUUUCCGAACACCGUCACAUACCCCUGCUACGGUAACCACGACUACUUCCCCAACGCCCAAUUUCCGGUAACGGAAAACGCCAUCUACCAGCACAUGGCAGAAUCCUGGAGCGUGUGGCUAAACAGCAGUUCCAUCAAGGAUACGCUUUCGACAGGUGGGUACUACACAGCUCUCACGAAUUAUGGGAAGGUCAGACUAGUCGCCCUCAACACAAACCUAUAUUACUCCAGUAACAAGCAGGUGGCGAAAAUCUACGACCCAGCCGACCAACUGACGUGGUUAGAUGGUGUGUUAACAAACGCCACGAUCAACCAAGAAAAGGUUAUUAUCACUGGCCAUGUUCCACCAGGUGUCAAGACCCCGGACGGAUUUAUGUGGUUUUACGAAGAUCAUAACCGCCAUCUUAAUGAAGUCAUUAAGAACCAUACUGACGUCAUUGCGGCAAUCCAUUUAGGUCAUGAUCACGAGGACGAAUUUAAAAUCUAUUACAGCUCUUCGGACGACACUGCACGCAUACCCGUCUUUCUGGCUCCUGCCAUUUCCACUUGGAGGUACGUAUCAAAGGAGAAGACUGGAAGAGUACGUAAUCCUGGGAUAAGACUUGUGAAGUACGACCGUGACACCGGUCGCCAUCUUGAUUACUUUCAGUAUUACCUUGACCUAGAGAAGGCUAACCGCGAAGGUCAUGCAUCGUGGACACGCCUGUAUGAGGCCAAAGCGGCGUACAACAUCCCUGAUCUGUCGGCUAAAUCCCUGGGUACAGUAAGAGAGAGAUUGCUAUCCCGUGAGUCGAGCCCCAUCCAGGCUUACUUCACGCGGAUGGGAAUGGAUGGUGACGUGGACACGCAAUGUGACAGAGAAUGCCGUGACGCGAUCUACUGCGGCAUGCGCCAUUUUGACAUGGCGUCGUACAGAAGCUGUCUAGUUGACGUUAGUUCAGGCGGCGUUCGGCGGUACAGCAUUGGGCUCAUAGUUUUCUGCCUGAUACUUACUUGUACUGGGUACUACUGAAUUUUAUAAGUUUUUUUAGUCUAGAUUAACUGUUGAUGAUUGCAUGAUUGUAUGAUAGCAUGUUCACUUAUGCUAGCUUUGUACCCAAAUGUAUUGUGUGUAGAUCAUACCUGCGGCACUACUCAGAAAUAUAGAUGUACAGUCAAGGAUUAAACGAACAUUGGUUGGCAGUUAUACUUAUGAGUUAGUAAGUGGAUCGAGUGUGGAGUGGAAUAAGGCUGUGGGUGAAUCUUCCCAUAUAAGGAAGACUCACCCCUAAUGUUUUAUUGUUUUUCUUCCAAGCCAACAAAGAAAUGGUCUUCAAACCUCUGAUUUUGCAGGUUGGCGACAUAGUUCCCGAGAACAUGCCUUACUGAGUAACGAUGCUCACAUGUACGGAAAGAGUAUGACAAUGCAUGUGUGUUGAUAAAAGUUUCAUAUGUGUGUCAUUGCAUGAUAAAUAAAGCCAAUAAAUAAAGA